AUGAGGUCCAUGGGCAUGGUGGGAGAGGAUAUGGGAGGAGACAUGGGUGCCAUGGGUAGCGGCAUGGGAGGAUUCAUGGGCGUCAUGGGAGGUGGCAUGAGAGGAGGAUUCAUGCCUUCUAUGGGAGGUGGCAUGGGAGGAUUCAUGUGUGCCAUGGGUGGUGCCAUGGAAGGAGGCAUGGGUGAGAUGGAUGGUGCCUCAUAUGCAAAUGAAGACAAUGAAGCCAAUGGUGCCAAUGAAGAGGAAGCAACCCAUGAAGAAUUGAAAAUGCAAGCACAAGUGAUGAUAAUGAAGGCAAUGGCAUUUGAGUGA